GUGAUCCCUGACGCUCAGCGGCGUGUCACUGUCUCGCGUUCUGUGGUGUUGUUUGAGCGUUGUCCGUGUCCGUGAGGCUUCACGACUACACAGUCCGAAAUUUAUUCAUCUGCUGCCUACUGUACGCCCGUCGCAAAGCCUGGUAGGGUUGGGAUAUGUUAGGGUUUUCGAAGAACGUGAGCCUGGCAGCGCUCCUGUUGGCGAGCAGGACGCUGGCUACACCUCUCCUUGAGUCAUUAAUCGGUCGUGGCUUGUCGUUGUUUCCUCGCGCUGAUUCGAAAUGCGUCACGUCGUUCACAUCUGGCAAUGGCCUCAACUUCACAAAUGUACAGUGCAAUCAGAACAACAUGUACAAUGAUGCACUGGCUCCCUUUACAGUCGACACCAUGACCGGGUGCAUGGAGUACUGCUCGCGCUUCUGGGGGAGCGGUGAGGGCUGCUUCGGCGUCGUCUGGAGAGAAAGCGACAGCCAAUGCUGGAUGCGCAACUCGACAACCUCCGAACUCUCCAACAACAAGACCAUAUAUACCAAGACGCUCAUCGACGAAGAUGGCAUCCAUUCCGCUCUCGUCGACCUUAACCAGAUGAAGCCUCUCGACACCGACUGCCCCGCCGACGACAAAUCGCGCCACAACCUCGAUGGUUUCGACGGCAUAUCUUACACAGUGCAGUGCAACAAGGACAUUGGCGGAUCUUAUGAUACGCACUGGUCCUACGAGUUCCACGACAAUCCGUUCCAAGCAUACUACCACGCCACCUCCCUGGAGGACUGCCUGAAGGACUGCGUAAACGAACAUCCGCUCUGUCGCGGCGUGGUCUACGUACCCGGCCUAACAGGCGGCUACGCGAAUUGCUGGCCGAAAACCGGCUUCUCGUCUCCCCUCAGCGCGUCCAACACGCUCCUUAAGAUCACGCACAGCGCCACGAUCGACUCGAUCAAGACCCCCGACACUGAAUGCAAGAACGACACGUACACGUCGACGCAGGACGACAGCAAGAACUUCGCCGUGCACUGCGGACAGACGAACCAGGGUACGAACAUGACGAUGGUGCAAUCGCAGAACUUCACGGCCUGCAUGGAAGAGUGCGCGGGCAACAAGCAGGGCUGCGUCGGCGUCGUGUACGACUCCACGCUCCAGGGCGGCUUCAACAAUUGCUACCUCCAGAACACGAGCAGCAUCUUCAACGACGUCGGGAGUAGCAUGUACGCCGUGCUGACGGGCGCAAAACCCAAGGAGUCGGGCACUGGCUCCUCUGGGUCCAACUCCAACUCCACUGACAACAGCAACAACUCCAACUCCAACAGCUCCUCCUCCGGCGGCUCAAAAGCCUGGAUCGCGGGUGCCGUCGUAGGCCCAAUCCUAGGCCUCGCCCUCAUCGGUGCAGCCAUCUUCUUUCUGCGGCGCCGCAAGGCGUCCGGCGCACUCGCCAACGUCUCCGAAGUCGAUGGCGGCGACGGAAAACACAAUCCGUAUGCGCACCAGGGUCCCACGCCUGCGUACGCGCCUGUCCCACAGUACAGUCCGCAGCCGACGCCGAGUGAGCUCGGCAGCGGGCAUGGGCACCAGAUGGUCGAGAUGGAGGGGCAGACGGCGAAGUAUGCGCAGAAGGGUGCGGGUGCGGGUGGGGUCGUGCAUGAGAUGGGUUAAGGUUCAAUCUCCCGGGAGAAACAACGGGUGGGAGGGGAAGAAAGGGCGUUUUUUUGUUUGUUUCUGAAGCGAGAUUAGCGAUUGCGUUUUGUGGCAUUGCGGGUGGUUUGUUGACGCAUAUUCGCUUCGAUUUGAUUUUCUUGUGUAUGAAUUGGAAUGAGUGGAGGAAAAUGGUGGUGGUGGGAGGAGGAAAUGGACUGACGCGACGCUUCGAUAUCCCCUUGUUGUAUCUUUGGCUUCAAUGCUCUAUCUCAAUAGAUAAUAUACUUUACGAUGAC